AUGCCAAGGAACCAAACCUUCUGCCCCAUCAGUGACGAGACUCUGGGAGAGGUUCUUUGCGCCGUUGAUGAAGCCUGCGUCUGCGCGAACUCUUCGCACAUCCGGGAGCUUGCAAACGUGACAGUGGACGGCCUGGCGUGCUAUGCUUGUGAGCCGCGGCGACCACCGGCUUGCACAGAGGCAAACGACCAGUGCACGCCCGAGGCAUGUGAAUGUGGCAACCCCUUGACCCACGUGAAGCGGGAUGCGACCACGGUGGACGGGAGUCCAUGCCACUAUUGCGAGCCAAUCGGAGGAAUGGCCGGCAUCGGACGGCCCGAAUUCUUCAUGGUGGUCAUGGUGCUGGCCUUGAUCGCCAUGUGGCAGCUCCUGGGAAGGAAGCCGGUGUCGGGAAAAAGCAGUUUGCGGCUUUCUCGACGGCAGGGUGACCGAAACCGAGCCAUACGAGUACAACAGGAGCCGCUGCGGUUCUACGAAGAGGUGAUGUUCAUGGUUGGAGACUUCUUCGAUUUCGUGGUGGACGGUGCCUGGGAGCUCUUUCGCGUGGCGUGGGGUCUUCUCCAGCGCCUCGCGGCCUUCCUUAGCAGCGCUUCACCACUGAAGACGGUGAACGCGAUCAGGUCGUUCAUCCGACCAGCGAAGGACGACCUUGACUGGGACGUGGUGGCCACCCAGAAGGAAGCGAAGCGGCCACUGCGGAGAAGAGUCGAGGCCCCGACAGCUGCUGAUUCUGCGGCUGGCAGCGCGACUUCAGGUCUUGGGCCGGUGCGGCCAUCCGCUCAAAAGGCGCCCGCACCCCGGCCGGAGAAGGCUCCCGAGAGGAAGCUUUCGAACACAAGCACCGCAUCGAAGGCCACGGAGCAACAGGAGAAGGCGAAGAAGGUCGCCGAGAAGGUCUCCGAGAAGUCGGAGAAGGUCUCGGAGCCGAAACCCAAGAGGAAAAUGGAGCGUCAGGCAGAGUCCCGAGCUCCAAACGGCGCCACGAAGGCGUCACCUGCAGAGGCGGUGGAAGCUCUUAGAGAAGCCAAGGCGAAUGAGAAGGCACGAAGACCGGGACCCAAAGCGAAGCUUUGUCCUUCCAAGGUUCUCGAAGAAAGGGGCUCAGGCCAAAAUGGUCCGGCGGCCGACCUAGGCAAAGAGAAAGAGGCUAGUCUUAAAGUUGACAGUCAAGAGGUGGUGGCGGAGAUGUGCACUUCAUGUGCGCAAACGGGAGUGCAGUCCGAUCUUCCAAAAGACGUGCAUUUUGAACUGCCUUCCCCGUCUCCGCUGUACAAGGCAGCAAUUGCUGUUAUCAAGGCAAGUGCUGUUGAAGCCGCCGUAGAGGUUGAAGGGAAAAGUUUCAUGCAGUCGACAACUACAGUGAUGCUGGAGGAGUUUGAAGGUUCCACGGAGGGCAGCAUUGCUCCCAAUGACGACGACACGGCCCAGAGUGAGAGCGAGGACCCCCUGAGCUAUCUGAGUCCCACGCACCCCACAAAUCGCAACGAUCCUGUCCAGGACUGCGACAACCGCGGCGUUGCACGCGGCAGUGUUUCGGCGGUCAUUUCUCCCCGGAUCCUUGGCGAGUUACUUGCGGGAGACAUUGCAGCAGCAUACGAACAUCUUUCCACUUCCAUGUUCGUCCUCAAUUGCUGCGCAGCUUCAAGGGCAGAGAAGGCGAAGGAGAGCGUCUUUGACAAGUUGCUCCUGGAUGGCUUCUCUCAGGUUGCGAGCAAGGGAUUGCUGCGCUCGCAGACCUCCAGCAUCGUUCGCCGGACUGUCGAGGGGAAUCUCGGACUGGUUCUGUCCCACUCCCCGGAUCAUUUCGCGAAGAAGCGGCAAAUGACGGGUGGCGACAAACAGGUGGUGAUGUCUGCUGAUCCGGAGGCAUUCAACUUCAACAAGGUCCCUUCGGACGAGCUCGUUGGGGUCGAGGACUCUUCUGACUUUGCAGUGAGUGUCCUCGCAUGCGGCUCCCCGCUAGCGAUCGGUCACAUGUUGCUAGUGCCACGGAGGGAUGCGGCUGCUCCACAGGUGCUGACGACGGAGCUCCUGCGUUGCGGGCUGGACCUCGUCGGCAAGUCUUGGAGGAGAGACUUCCGGCUCCUCUUCAACUCAAUGUUGGGCUUUGCUUCGGUGAACCACUUCCACUACCAUGGCCUCUACUUGGAGUACUGUGGCUUUAAUCAAAGGCAGUUCCCUGUGGAGCGCGUGGAGCGUUCCACCGUGGGCGGUGGCAGAACAUACGGCAAGCUCUGUGUUGAGCUCCUGGCAGAGUCACAGUGGUACUGUCGGGGAUUCGUUCUCACAGCUGGCUCUGCGAUCGGUGCGGUCGGCGACCCCCCACCUGCAGACCUCGAGGCCUUGGCUACUUUCGCCGGAAACGUGAUCGGACUUUUGCAGUCGAGGAAUAUCCCUCACAACGUCAUGAUCACGCCAUACCAGGGCGAGCGGAAGUCAAGGAACUUCGAUGACAUCUUUGCAGAAGAGACCUGGAUGCCGCUGGCAGCAUCGCCCGAGGUCUACAUCUUCCCAAGGCGGCCAGAGGGCAAGCUCAGAGAGGAUAGUGGUCUCAAUGCUGCCAUCUGCGAGAUCUCCGGGCUAAUCAUGUGUCACGAUGAAGACCGUUUCCAGCAGUUUGAUGAGGAUAAAGUUUCGAACCUCUUCAAGGAGGAUGUGUCGCUUUCUGGCGACGACUUCGAUGAUCUAAUUUGCAAGGUGGCGUGGAUGGUUUCUUGA